GGUCUCGACUUCUCCGUCAAUGUCGUCACUCUCCGCUGGGCCGAACUCCAAUCCGGUCCUCUCAGGCUCGCUCUCAUGCAAUCUCCCCGGAGGAGGACCUGCACGUAAAUCGUCUGUUUUCAGAGAUUCCAUUUUCCAACAACAGAAAUCAGUUACGAUUUUCCCCUCGUUUUCUCUCUCUUUCCCAUCACUUUCUCGCCCUCGCUUCAGAGAAGCUAUGAUGGCAGUAAUGCAUUUUCCGCUCUCUGCUCAUCUUUGAUCUCGGUUACGAACUUCUUCUUCUUCUUCGUCUCUUCGCAUCCUCUUCAUUUGACCUAGUUUCAUCUCGUCUGAUCACCGAAGAUGAGUUCUUCAUCGAUUCCUUCUUCAGCUUCUGGAAAUACACAUGUCGAUCCAUAUGGAAAUCCGUACUACCUUAGAGAAUACGAUCAUUGCAGUCUUCUGUUGGUUGAAGAUCGUCUCACAGGACAUACUGAUUUUAAUUCCUGGAAACGACGGAUGGAAAUAGCGUUGAUAUCCCGAAACAAGCUUGGAUUCGUCGAUGGUACUCUUCCUCGACCACCGGAUGGUCAUCCUGAUGCAGGUACAUGGUCUAGGGUUAAUGAAGUAGUGUCAUUUUGGGUAAUGAACUCUGUUUCGGAGAAGCUUGCUCCGAUUAUCUUAUACAAGGAUUCUGCUCAAGCAAUGUGGGAGGACUUGCACAGUUGUUUCGGACCGAAUGUUCAACAUCUUUAUUGGCUACACCAGAAACUACAUAAUAUCAAGCAGGGAUCUAAUGACCUUCAAACCUAUGACCUUAGUCUGCGCGCAGUGUGGGAGGAGUAUAAGUACUGUACCACUACUCCUGUUUGUUCAUGUGGCAAAUGUGAGUGUAACGUCGAGAAACGUUGGAUGGAAUUCAUGGAAAGGGAGUACCUGAUGAAGUUUCUGAUGGGAUUGAAUGAUUCAUACAGUGCUGCCAGAACACGGAUUCUCAUGUCAGAUCCACUGCCCGGAAGCACUGAAGCCUUCCGCAUUAUUGCACAGGAAGAACAGCUGAGGCUGAUUAAGCCAAAGGUUGCUUCAGAAGCAGUCAGUUUUCAGGCUGGUGUUUCCUCUGCUGCACAUUGUUCUGGGGACAUAGUUGAUGAAGCUAUCACCAAUUACAGACCCAAACAAAGGCCUAUAUGUACACACUGUGGCUUGCUUGGACACACUAUCAAUCGCUGUUACAUGUUACAUGGAUAUCCUCCAGGUUAUAGAUCCCCACCACAAGGUUCAGGGCAUGUUUCCACGCCAAGAUAAGCGUCUCAGUUCCAGAAACAUCAACCUCGGGUGCCACAGUUUCAACAAAGUCUACUUCCUCUCAGUCGGUUGUCUCAAGCUUCAUUUCGGUCCUCGUGCAGACCAUGGCCAAGGAGUCACUUGUCAUGUCUUCUUUGGCAUAUCUUUGUUUGUUGGAUUGCACAAGUUUAAACCUAGAUUUCUCACUUGCACUUUUCUUUUUUGUUGGAGUUUAACUACAUGUGUGAUGGAAUUGUGGGGAGCUUUUGUUUGAUCAUUCGUGCAUGAGACCCUCAUCUUGUGUUUCCU